GCUGAAGAAGAGGAAUUCCCAUCCCCUACUCCAAUGGCAAAAAGAAGCAACUCACUCCAGCCUUCCCCAGGGAGUGUUAUGAAAAGGGCCAAAAAGGACAUCAAUGUGACUGAAAGUGUGAACACUAUGGCCCAGAAAGCUGGAGAGAAUACCCCUGGAUUACAAUCACCUCCCCUGGUUCCAGUGGUAGUUAUAGAGCAGUUGGAAUUGAAGACUUGGGAUGAUGGGUCUGGGAUGAUGAAACAGGAAAUACCUUUGUCUGGCAUGACAGAGAAAUCAGAAAGCUCAGUCCCAAAGAAAAAGGAGAGAACUGGAAAAGAAGACUGGUAUGAUCCUGCCAUCAGAGAAGAAGAACAAACAGGAACACACAUUCUUCUGAAAAACAUCCUCCUCAUAUUCCCAGACAAUACCCAGAGCAGAACAGACAACAGUGGACAGAGUGGAAGGCCAGAUACUCAAGAAAAAGGCCUGAAUUUGAUUGUGAAAGAAUCAGAAAACAACACCACUCACCUCCAGAUAGAAUAA